AUGCAAAUUUCCACCUUCACCGUCUUUUUCCUAACUGUUCUGGUUGGCCAGACUUUUGCCUCUCCAGCCAGAGGUGGUAAAGCAUCCCAGGUCGCUGGCGGUGCUGCUGCCGGAGCUGCGGCCGGAGGCGCAGCUGGGGCUGCUGCCGGUGCGGCGACCGGUGCCAGCAAGGAGGGUCAACCCUGUACCGGCAGAGUUGACCAGAGAGAUCGUCAGGGAACGUGCGAUGCCAACGGUCGUUGCGGUAUCAACACUCCGCCAAACAUUUUCGAUUCUGUUGCCAGUGAUGACUGCGAAUAA